GGGACUUGUCAUUUGUGUGUGUGAAGGGAGAAGAAGAGAUGUCAGUCUCUUCAUAUCACUUGCCAUUUCAAUUCAAACCAUGAUAUGUAAGUAUGCUGCUGGCGAUAGGGAUGAAUUUGUACAAAAAUUGAAUGAAUCAACAAGCUAUUAAUGUCCUAAUUAUACACUCGACCGUCCCUCUCGCUUUAUCAAGUUCGUUGUCCAUAAGGGUAACGCCUUAGGCUACGCACACAGUUAAAGGCCAGAUGCAGUACUGUAUAUACUUUACACAGUGAGGCCUCCCGUGUAGCUGUUCGUCAUGGUAACAUAUAGCAAUUUAUUACGAUCUGGGUUUCGUACGAAUACCAGACAGCAGUAUAUGACUACAAUUUCCUGGAUGGGUUACGUUCAAGCACGUGUACCUCAACACACACAAAGGCGACAAGUUGUAUCAGCUAGUAAGGGCUUCAAUCGUGUACGAAUUAUACCAUGCGUAUAUGAAUCGUCACAAGCAUACACAUAUAAGCAAGCUUCAACACAAGUAUACGUAAAUAAACGAGCUUUCACACAAGCAAGCACACAAUAUCAGGUACUCAUUCAGAAUGGGAGCCCCCCAGAUCAUUUGAGUAACUCCAUUGUCCAUUCUUAUAUCAAAGGUUACUCUAAUAAUGAUUCGCAGGCAGAAGAAACCGACGCAGAAGUUCGAAGUCAAGCCUCGACAGCACCUGACAUUGGUGUAGUUUCAAAGUUUCAAAUAGAUCCGGAUAGUGACUCGCGUGCAUCUACUGCAAAAAAAUGGGCAACUGCAGAAAGCGCUCUCAGAUUCACUCUGAUGUCUGGAUCUACACCCGAUACCGUUGCUUACAAUAAAGCACUGAGUAAAGCUGGAGAACUUGGGUUAUUUAGCGACGUACAGAGACUAUUCCACGAGAUGGUCGAUAAGAGAGUUAUCCGUAACUUCAAAACAUACGAGAUUGUCAGCAAACAGGCUAGUGCGCAUGGUGGCUGGGAAAUGCUGCUAACGUUACUAAAAGAUAUGAAUAGGUCGAAAAUAUCAAAGAAUAGAGAUAUCUUCACUCGAGGUCUGCAGGCGUGUAGCAAAGUCCGGGUGGACAAGUGUGAGGCGUCAGUGGCUGGACAAAGGCUCCUACUUGAAAUGCAAAAACAAGCCGGUAUCCAAAUUGAUGUUGCGGACUAUAAUUACGUACUCAAGGCGUGCGGGACUGAUCGAAAGCCCAAUAUGGCCAAGAGAAUUCUGAAUGAUAUGGAUAGGCUUGGGUUGACACCCAAUAAAGAGUCUUAUAACUUAGUUCUGGCAGCGUGUGGGAAUGGGGGGAAGUUCCAAGCGUGUAUCCACAUGCUCCGAUCAAUGGCGCGUCUCGGUGUAGACCCAGACGAUACUUCAUACCAUGGUGUCAUGCACGCGAUUAAAGUACACGGGCGAUGGGACAUGGCGCUUGAGUAUCUGCGCGAGAUGCACAGUAUUGUAAUAAAACCAAGCACGCGCACUUACAAUAUGGCGAUCGCUGCAUGUUUACCACAGGAACGUUAUGCUGAGGCGCUGGAGAUCUUCAUGGAAAUGCCACAGAUGGGUGUUGACUAUGAUACGGCUACGUACAAUAACGUUAUGGAGACGUGCAAUAGUGUUGGGCAAUGGGAGACAACGCAGAAGUUGUUCGACGAUAUGAGAAGACGUGGACAGGCUGUGCAAGGCGAGUCCCAUGCAUCAUGCAAUAGUAUCGGGCCCAAUGUAACCUCCUACGGUAUUGUGUUAAAGGCAUAUACUAGAACUAACAAUCUGGAGAAAGCCUUGGACCUUGUACGAAUGGGUCCAACCGAUGGCGUGGUGCUGGACACGGGCGUGUACAACAACGUGCUCACGUUGUGUGACAAACAUAGGCGAUGGCCCGAGGCCAUGUCUGUGCUGAGGAGUAUGGAGGAGGCACAGGUGGCGUAUAGCCGGUAUACGUACAACUCUGUUAUUUCUUUGUGCAGGUGGGGUGGUGGUACCAGUGAGGCUUUGGGAUUACUACGCGCAAUGGUCGAACAAGGUCUUCAACCAGAUGUUUAUUCAUAUACGAGCGCGAUUUCUGUCUGCCAACAGGAGGGCGAGUGGGAGACAGCCGUGUGCUUACUGAAAGAGAUGCACGACAGAGGUGUAAAUCCCAACACUUAUACUUACAAUUGCGCUAUAACUGCGUGUGCGUCCGCUGAUAAGUUGGAGAGGGCUCUAGAACUAUUCAAAGAGAUGGAACGCGCAGGUGUCGCACGGGACAAGAGCACCUAUGGCGUGCUGAUUGAGUGUAUAGUACGGUGCGGUGGUACGACAGCGCUAGUGGACACUUUGUACGACAGUAUGACACGAGCGGUGCCUGAGGUGCAGAUGGGGUGGGCCAAGCUCACCGAGAAGGGAGAAUUAGACCUACACCACCACAAUGUGAAUAUGGCCAAUGCUGCGGUGCGACGUUUAAUGGCAAAGCUACAGCAGGAACAGAGGACGGCGGAGUUUGUACGGAAUGCUGGUGGUAUGUAUACACGACAUGGAAUGCACACGAAAGUAGAAAAGAAAGGGAGUCAUCGGGAGCAAACUCAAGACAGAGACGAACAGGAUGCUGUUGAACAGAAGGAUGCGGCUCUAAUUGGACCAGUUAAACUUAGCAAGCGUCCCAGUCUGAAGCGUAUCGUGGUGGGGCAAAGUGGUCAAGUACUGUUGGAGGCCGUGCGCUCGCAUCUGGCACAGAUGACACCGCCUAUCAAGACGUAUGUGUUGGUGCAGAAAGUGGGGUGUUUGAAGCUAGACAAGGAUGAUCUAGCUCGAUGGCUGCUUUCUAAUAAAUAGCUCGAUUGUGCGCCGUGCAUUUCAUGAUAGAAUACAAACAUCUGAAUACGCAUAUCUUUGUAUAUGCCUUGUAAACCUGGCUGUAUAAGAUUAAUAGCUGUCGUAGAUGACACUGAUUCUAAGAUUUAAGUGUUGGUGC